AUGGUUCUCUACUCUUUAGCUCUCUGCUCUCCAGUACUCUACUCUCUGCAGUUCUCCUCUCUCCAGUUCUCUACUCUCCAGUUCUCACCUCUCCAGUUCUCUAAUCUCCAGUUCUCUACUCUCCAGUUAUCUUCUUUUCUCUCCAGUUCUCUACACUCCAGUUCUCUACUCUCCAGUUCUCUACUCUCCAGUUCUCUACUCUCCAGUACUCUGCUCUCCAGUUAUCUACUCUCCAGUUCUCUACUCUUCAGCUCUCUGCUCUCCAGUACUCUACUCUCCAGUUCUCUACAAUUUAGUGCUCUACUCUCCAGUUCUCUGCUAUCCAGUUAUCUACUUUCCAGUUCUCUACUCUUCAGCUCUCUGCUCUCCAGUACUCUACUCUCCAGUUCUCUACUCUCCAGUUAUCUUCUUUUCUCUCCAGUUCUCAACACUCCAGUUCUCUACUCUCCAGUUCUCUACUCUUCAGCUCUCUGCUCUCCAGUACUCUACUCUCCAGUUAUCUACACUCCAGUUCUCUACUCUCCAGUUCUCUGCUAUCCAGUUAUCUACUUUCCAGUUCUCUACUCUGCAGCUCUCUGCUCUCCAGUACUCUACUCUCCCGUUCUGUUCUCUCCAGUACUCUACUCUCUGCAGUUCUCUUCUCUCCAGUUCUUUACUCUCCAGUGUUCUACUCUUCAGCUCUCUACCCUCCAGUACUCUUCUUUCUGCAGUUCUUUACUCUCCACUUCUCUACUCUCAAGUUCUCUACUCUCCAGUUCUCUACUCUCCAGUUCUCUACUCUCCAGUUCUCUAUUCUCCAAGUCUUUACUCUCCCGUUUUCUACUCUCCAGUUCUCUACUCUUCAGCUCUCUGCUCUCCAGUUCUCUACUCUCCAGUUAUCCACUCUUCAUUACUCUACUCUCUGCAGUUCUCUUCUCUCCAGUUCUCUACUCUCCAGUUUUCUACUCUUCAGCUCUCUGUUCUCCAGUACUCUACUUUCUGCAGUUCUCUACUCCCCAGUUCUCUACUUUCCAGUUCUCUGCUCUCCAGUUAUCUACUCUCCAGUUCUCUACUCUGCAGCUCUCUGCUCUCCAGUUAUCUACUCUCCAGUUCUCUACUCUUCAGCUCUCUGCUCUCCAGUUCUCUACUCUCCAGUUCUCUACUCUCCAGUUUUCUACUCUUCAGCUCUCUGUUCUCCAGUACUCUACUUUCUGCAGUUCUCUAUUCUCCAGUUCUCUUCUUUCCAGUUCUCUGAUCUCCAGUUCUGUACUCUUGCAGUUCUCUACUCUCCAGUUCUCUACUCUCCAAUUCUCUACUCUCUAG